AUGCUGCUGCAGCCUCUAGGAAAGGAGCAGCACAGCAGCAGCAGCAGCAAUAACAACAGUAGUAACAGCAACAACAGCAUGCAGGAACAGAAUCAGCAGCAGCAACUGCUGCUGCUGCUGCAGCAGAACCCGCAGCACCCUGAGGCGGCCUUGCUGCAGCAAAUGCAUGGCUUCCCACAGCAGGGCGCACCGCCGCCGCUGCAGCCGGUGCAGCAGCAGCAGCAGCAGCAGCAGCAGCAGUUGCUGCUGCAGCAGCAGCCCUUCCUGCAGGCAGACCAGCAGCUUUUGACGGCGACCUCUCAAACUUCUAGAGGCAACGCUGGCUUCACGGAGCAGCAGCAGGAGCUGCUUCUGCUGCAGCAGCAAAUGAUGUGGAUGCAGCAGCAGCAGCAGCUACAGCAGCAGCAGCUGCAGCAGCAGCAGCAGCAGCAACAGGAUGGAGGGCCGCUUGCACAUAUGCCGGGAGUCUUUCAUCAGCAGCAGCUGAAGGAGCAACAGCAGCAGAAGCAGUUGCUGCAGCAGCAAGAACAGCAGCAGUUGGGCUUCCACGCAGUAGCUCCCGGCUGCCAACCCUUACCGGAGGCAGCCGCAGCAGCAGCAGCAGCAGCAUCAGCAGCAGUUGCUGCUGUCUCUACAGGAGCAACGGAUCAAGCGCCUCUCAGCAGCAGCAGCAGCAAGCAGCAACCGCAGCGGCCCCGCAAGAGAAAUGAUAAGCGCCGGCAGCAGCAGCAGCGGCAGCAGCAGCAGCAGCGGCGGCAGCAGCCGCGGCAGCAGCAGCAGCACCUCGAAGGCAUCGACCCCUGGGGCGCUGCACCCGCGGAAGAAGUACCAGGGGCUUCCACUGCUGCUGCUGCUGCUGCACCAGUGCAGCAGCAACAGCAGCAACAGCAGCAGCAACAGCAGCAGCAGCAGCAGCAGCAGCAGGAAGGACAGUGGUCUAAUCCUACCAGCAGCCAGCUCCCGCAGGCUGCUGCAGACAGUGAAUCUCCUAGUGCGGCAAGGCGUUUGCAGCAGCAGCAGCAGCAGCAGCAGCAGCGUGUGAUAAGCCGAGAGGAUACUGGCAGCGACUGCUGCAGCAGCAGCAGCGGCAGCAGCCUGCGGCUUCGUCGUUCUUCGCGUCAGCCUGUGCCUUCUGCACGCUUUGCUGCAGAGGGGCCCCCUGCAGCAACAGCAGCAGCAGCAGCUGCUGCUGCUGCUGACGGUGAAGACUGGGUUGGCCUCUCAGAUGCAGCAGCAGCAGCAGCAGAAGAUGCAGCAGCAACGCUGCUACCCCAGAACAUUUAUACGGCGGGAUUUGAUCCCCCAUUGGAAGCAGUUGCUGCUGCUGCUGCUGCUGCUGCUCCAAGUGUAACAACUGCUGCUGCUGCAGCAAGGGGUCGCACGGCCUCGGGAAAGGUAGCAACUCGCAGCAGCAGCAGCAGCAGCAUGAAGGAUACUGAGGCUCAGCACAUACCGUGGCAGCCGCCCAGUGAUGGGGAGCAUUCUGCUGCUGCUGCUGCUGCUGCAUUUGCUGCUGCAGUUCGGGAGGCGUCUACUCCUUGCACGAGCAGCAGCCAUCCGUCGCUGCAGCACACGCCGCUGCAGCGGCUGCUGUUGCGAGUGAAGCAGCAGCCAGAUGCUGCUGCUACAGCUGCUGCUGCUGUUGCUGCAGCGGGUGCCGAUAGCACAGCAGCAGCAGAACUUGCUGCAGCAACAACAGCAGCUCAGCACCAACUGCAGCGGCUGCUUGAGCUCAGGUGUACGUACACCUCAGCACUGUGGACUCAUCAGAGCCUCCGUCUCUGCGCGGGUAUGAAUAUAGGGGGAGGCCCUGCUGCUUCAGCAGCAGCAGCUGCUGCUGCAGCUGCUGCAGCAGCAGCAACAGCUGAAAAACAAGCGGCAGGAGGGCGAUCCCCCAGGAGCAGCAGCACCAGCAACCUCAACCAGAAGCAGCAGCAGCAGCAGCAGCAGCAGGAGGAGGAGGUCUGGAGUGGGGGAUUGAAGCCUUAUGCGCUGCCGCUGCUGCUGCAAGAAAGAAGUCGGCAGCUGCUGCUGCUGCAGCAGCAAACAACAGCAGGAGCCGUGCCUCCUCUGAAUAAUAAUAAACAAGACACAGUACUGCUGCAAAAGCAGCAGCAGCAACUCGCGCAGCAGCAGCAGCUCAAGCAGCAGCUCAAGCAGCAGCAGCAGCUGGAGCAGCAGUUAAAGCAGCAGCAGCAACAGCAACAGCAGCAGCAGCAAGAGAUCCUGUUCCAGCAGGUGCCUGUUGAGCCCCUCACGCAUCCGGAAGCCGCUGCUGCUGCUGCUGCUGCUGAGGAGCCGCAGCAGCAACAGCCUGAACCCCCCUUGGAUACGGUGCAGCAGCCGCAGCAGCACAUUCAGUUGCAGCAGCAGCAGCUACAUCUAGCGCAGCUUGUCGAUGCUGCUGCAGCAGAGGGCCCCAGCCAGCGCUGCGCACAAAGGCUGCGUUGCGGCAGCGAGGAAACAGAACAGCAGCAGCAACAGCAGCAGCAGCUGCUGCUGCAGCACCGCAGUGAUGAGUCAGCUGUACAACAGGCCCUUCAAAUACACCAAGACAAGCAGCAGCAGCAGCAGCAGACACCAAAUGGAUACUUGCAGCAGCAGCAGCAGCACGUACAACCGCACGAAAAGGCUCCCGUGGCUGAGGGGAAGCAGCAGCAGCAACAGCAGCAGCAGCAGCAGCAAGCGCACAACGCUGCACAGGCCCACUGGGCAGCAGCGACUUCACGGCCGCCUGAGCAGCAGCAGCAUUUAGAGCAGAGGCAGCAGCAGCUGCAGCAACAGCUGCAACAGCAGCUGCAGCAGCAACUGCAACAACAACUACAACAGCAGCUGCAGCAACAACUGCAGCAGCAGCUGCAGCUGAGGCAACAGCAACAGCUGCAGCAACUGCAGCAACAGCACUUGCAGCAGCUGCAGCAGCAGCAGCACGAAGAGGAAAAGCCAGAGCCUGACGGACAGGGUGCAUCACCUGCUGCUGCUGCGCAGCAGCAGCAGCAGCUAUCGCAACAACAAUCGCAGCAGCACUCGCAGCAGCAAUCGCAGCAGCAGCAGCAGCGGGAUGAGGAAGCGCCGGAAAGGUGUGCUGCAGCAGUUGUGUCUCCUGGAGUUCUGGGGGACAGUCAGCAGCAAGAGCAGCAGCAGCAAUCGCAGCAUCAGCAGUCGCAGCAGCAGCAGCAACAGCAGCAGCAGCAACAGCAACAGCAGCAUGAGCAGCAGGGCCAGCCGGAGCCCCAGGCCUCUACACACGCCGCUGCUUCGCGUAGCUCUCCUCAAGCAUCAGAGCAGCAGCAGCAGCAACAGCAGCAGCAGCAGGAACAUCAGCAGCAGCAGGAACAUCAGCAGCAGCAGCAGCAGCAUGCUGCUGCUGCUGCUGCUGCUACCCUCUAUGCUUCACCCUCCUUUUGUGGUUAUGCUUCUUACAGCGACGAGCAGCAGAUGUUUCUUAUGCAGAAUGCUACUCCUGAUCCGCAGCAGCAGCUGCUGCUGCAGCAUCUGCUGUCGCAGCAGCAGCAGCAAGCUCUUGACCCGCAGCAGCAGCUGCUGUUGCAGCACCUGCUGUCCCAGCAGCAGCAGCAGCAACUCCUGGAGCACCAGCCCCACCACCACCAACGACUCGGAGCCGCAGGCCUGCAGCAGCAAAUUGUGCAGCAGCACUUCGCGCUUCAGCAGCAACAGCAGCAGCAGCAGCAGCAGCAGCAACAGCAGCAUCAGCUGCUGCAGCAGCAGAAGCAGCUGGCCCUCCAGCAACAACAGCAACACGCGCAGCUGUUGCAGCAGCAGCAAACAGCAACACCAGGAAGCGCGUCUGAUGGGCAACAGCAGCAGCAGCGGGGACAGCAGCAGCAGCAACAACAACAGCAGCAGCAACAGCAGGCAGCAGCUGCUCUACGCUUCGCUUCUGGUGUCUCGCCUCAAGCAACAGCAGCUGCUACUGCAACAACAGCAGCAGCUGCAGCAACGCCGGCAGCAACACCACCAGAAGCACCCUCACCAGCAGUAGCAGCAGCUGCAACGCCAGCAGCGGCAGCAGCACCCGUAGCAGCAGCAGCAGCAGCAGGAAACAAGCGGGAGCUGCAGCAGAAGGGUAUCGCUGACGGCAGCAGCAGCAGCAGCCCAAGGAGGCCUGUAAAGGCUGCUCGGCGGCGACAGCAGCAGGAGGCAGCAGCAUCUGGGGACGCUGCUGCUGCUGCAGCAGCAGCAGCAGCAGCAGAAGCUAGAGAGCAGCAAGCAGCUGCAGCACAAGAGCUGAGGGCCCCAGGGAUUUAUUUUAAUUCGAGCGACGGCACGUGGAAUGUACAGUGGAAGACUGCUGACAACAAACGCAGACGCAAGGCAUUCAGCUGCGCGAGGCACGGGAUGGUAGCAGCUCGCCAACUGGCUCUGGAGUUUAGAGAAACCCUUAACCCUUCUCAAUAUGAACAGGAGAAGCGGCAGCAGCAGCAGCUGAAGCAGCAGCAGCAGCAGCAGAAGCAGCAGCAGAAGCAGCAGCAGAAGCAGCAGCAACACAAAACACCCGCUAAAGCAGCAGCAACGCUGCAAGCGGUUGCGCGCGGAGCUGCAGCUGAGAAAGAGCAGCACCUGCUGCAGCAGCAACUUUGGCAUCACCAGCAGCAGCAGCAGCAGCAGCAGCAGCUGAUAUUAUCUCCGUUGCAGCAGCAGCAGCAGCUGUGGCAGCAGCAACAACAGCAGCUGGUCAUGGGCGCUCAGCAGCAGCAGCAACAGCAGCAGCAGCAGCAGCAGCCGUUGCUGCUGCAGCAGGCUUCCUUGUGGGGCCUCAACCAGCAGCAGCAGGGCCUUGGCAUACAAAUGACAGAUGCGGCGUAUUCGGGUGUCGCAGCAGCAACAGCAGCAGCAGCAACAGCAACAGCAGCAGCAGCAGCAGCAAGCGACCCAGCAGUAGCAGCAGCUGCGGCUGCUGCUGCAGGAUGGCGCGUGCCGGCGGCUGCGAGCCGGGACAGCAGCAGCAGCAGCAGCAGUAGUAGUAGUAGUAGUAAUAGUAGUAGUAGUAGCAGCAGCAGCAACACUGCUGACAGCAGUACUCCGUGGGAAUCCAGCAGCGGCAGCUCCUAA